AUGAAUGCAUUCGCCAACGCCACAACAGCCGCGGCCGGCCUCGCCAAGCUCAAUCAGACACCCUUCUACUUUCAGGCGCAGCCAACAGUGCUUCCCGGCAUCUCGGACAAGUACCUCUCAUUAGCGCUUCCCAUCGCCAUCUAUUGGGUGGCAUCGCUUUUCUAUCAUGCUCUCGACACAAUGCAGCUACCGUUCACAGAGCGAUAUCGUCUCCAUGAGCCGGAAGAGGUCACAAAGCGCAACCGCGUCAGCGUGACAAGGGUGGUGGUCAUGGUCGUGGUGCAGCAGGUCAUCCAGACCAUCCUUGGACUUGCAUUGCUCGAUGAUGACUCUGUGGGGCUCAAACAGACCUUUGCGGAUCAUCCAGCAAAGAUCCUCAACAUCGCUGCUUUCCUUCGCUCAUCAACAACCAAGCUGCUCGGACCAGCCCUUCAGCCUACCUUCACCAAGCUCGUCUUUGGCAGCCAGGACGCCAUCUCGUCAGCAUGGUGGUUGUACUGGUGGGGCAUCCCCUUCGCUCAAUUCUGGUUUGCCUUCUUCGUCAUGGACGCGUGGCAGUACACAUUGCAUCGACUUUUCCACGAAAGCCGCUUCCUCUAUCGCCACUUUCACUCGCAUCACCACCGCCUUUACGUGCCCUACGCCUUCGGCGCGCUCUACAACCAUCCCGUCGAGGGGCUCUUGCUCGACUCGGCGGGCGCAUGCAUCUCGCACGCAGCCGCCUUCAUGACCGUCCGUCAGGGUAUCGUCCUCUUCACCUUCUCCACGCUCAAGACGGUGGCCGACCACGGCGGCUAUGCUUUCCCGUGGUACCUCGACCCUCUGCAUCUCGUGUUCCCCAACUGCGCCGAGUACCACGACGUGCACCACCAGAUGACCGGGUUGCGGUACAACUACUCGCAGCCUUUCUUUGUUCAUUUCGAUGUGCUCUUCGGCACACGCAUCUCGACGGAGAAGUUUCAAAAGAUGAAGAAGCUCGCUGAGCAAAAGAGGGCGUCUGAGAAGGCGAGCAAGAGCACCGGGACACCCCAGCUCAGCGGCAAGGAUGUGACACCAGCCGAGAUUGUCGAGAAGAGCAAGGAGCCUUUCGUCACGAACGACAAGCAGUCGUAUGCUGCCAAGGCUGGUUCUUCCACCGCCGAGUAG